AUGAGAAUUCCAGUUAUGGAUGACAAAAAGUCGUCCUCAAGUCAGCAAAAGAACACACUUGCAGAACUUUUACCAGGCCCAUCACCACCACCUGUUUCUACCAGUGCUUCCAACAUCGUGGCUCACAAUCCCUUUGAUGAUCCCAUGCCAGCCAACAGCAUGCAAGGAAAGCUCUCACAGCAGAUGCCCCAGUCCCAGCCAGGACCACAGAUUCCUGGCCAGGGUCCUGCCCAACAUGGAAAGGUGUACCCAGCCAACCAGCCAUUGGUGUUCAACCCAUCCAAUCCUUGUGCUCCUCGUUUACAGUUGUAUUGUCGUUAA